GACAUGAUGCAGUGGUGUCGUGAGAUGCGGCACGGCCGUGAGAAUCGGCCAGGUUCGUGAUGGGCUGGAGCGUUGGACGGGUCAGUUUGGAGCUGAGAAGAUUUAGUAGGUUUGUUAGUUUGUUAGCGCAUGGAUAGGUUAGUUAGCCGCAUGAGCUUGCACGUCCUAGAGAGAUUCUAGGGGAAGAGUUAUGCGUGCGUGGGCAUUGCUAGUGGCCGGGUAGUGCGCCUGUGUGGCUGCUACUUAUACAGAUGCAAAGCAUGUUUACCUUUGACAAGAAAUAGACAGAAGAAAACGCUGGCUGUGUGAGGCAGCGGCACCAAACACUUGUGUCUUUUAUCUGUUCUUGUGAGAGCUACGUGAGGUAGAAGAGAGCAAGAAGAAGGGGCUGAGCGAUUCGGCUCCAACAUUUGGUAUCAGGGCUAGGUUAUGACGAAGACGAUGCCGUGUGACUCCUCCCGCUGCUCACAAGGACGAGCUACGCGGCGUGGGCGAUGAGGAUGAAGUACCUCUUGCGCGCCAACGGCGCGUGGGCUGCCGUUGAUCGCGAGGACUCCUCCAAGGAGGUCGACGCAGGCAAGGAGGAGAUGGCCAUGAUGAUCAUCUCCCAGUCGAUCGACGACACGACGCUGCUGCGAGUUGCGGAGAAGGAGACCGCCGCCGAUGUGUGGUCGGCGCUUCGCUCCAUGCAUGUGGGCGUCGAGCACGUCCGAGAGGCGAGGAUUCAGUCCUUGCGCUCGGAGUUUGAUGGCCUCAAGAUGGGCGAUGCGGAGUCCGUGGAUGAUUUCGCGGCGAGGUUCACGACGCUCGUGGGGCGCAUCCGUGAGCUUGGUGAUGCGAUGGAGGAGAAGUACGUCGUGAAGAAGCUGCUCCGAAUCAUCUCCAACAAGUUCAUCCACGUUGCUUCUUCGAUUGCGUUGUUCGGCGACACCAACAAGAUGGCCAUAGAGGAGGCCAUUGGUUCACUCAAGGCACACGAGGAACUCGUCAAGGGGCAGGAGACGGGACGUGAAGAAGAGCAGGGCGAGAGGGCAGGACUUGUCGCGAGGACGGGGUCGUGGCCGUGGCCGUGGACGCGGUGGAGGGCGCCAAGACAAAAGUGAGGUACAAUGUUACAAUUGUCGUGAACUUGGGCACUUUGCUUGGGAGUGUCCCGAGAAGAAGAAAGAGAAGGAAGAGAAGGCGUUGCUCGCUGGCUACG